UACGGACCGGAAGUGGUCCGCCAUGCGCUGAGCGUCGAAUAACACGAGACGCAGGCGCGCGCCAGCUACAGGGCAUCAUGGCGGCGGGGCCAAUUUCUGAAAGGAAUCAAGAUGCCACAGUAUAUGUGGGUGGUCUUGAUGAAAAGGUGUCCGAACCUUUACUUUGGGAGUUAUUUCUUCAAGCUGGACCAGUUGUAAACACACACAUGCCCAAAGACAGAGUGACGGGGCAACAUCAAGGUUAUGGAUUUGUGGAGUUCCUGAGUGAAGAAGAUGCUGAUUAUGCCAUCAAAAUCAUGAAUAUGAUCAAGCUUUAUGGAAAACCAAUACGUGUCAAUAAGGCGUCUGCACACAACAAAAAUCUGGAUGUGGGUGCCAAUAUCUUUAUUGGUAAUUUGGACCCUGAAAUCGAUGAAAAGCUGCUUUAUGACACAUUCAGUGCUUUUGGGGUUAUCUUACAAACUCCAAAGAUUAUGAGGGACCCUGACACAGGCAAUUCCAAAGGUUAUGCUUUUAUCAAUUUUGCCAGUUUUGAUGCUUCUGAUGCCGCCAUUGAGGCAAUGAAUGGGCAGUACCUGUGUAACAGGCCUAUUACAGUAUCCUACGCUUUUAAAAAGGACUCGAAGGGUGAGCGCCAUGGCUCUGCAGCUGAGAGGCUCCUAGCUGCUCAGAACCCUCUAUCCCAGGCAGAUCGACCUCAUCAGCUGUUUGCCGAUGCUCCUCCACCACCUUCAGCACCUAUGGCCGUUGUGACAUCAUUGGGACCUGGGGUGCCCCCACCAGGAAUUCCCCCACCAGGCACGUUUCCUCCUCCAGUGCCUCCUCCUGGCUCUUUACCUCCAGGGCUGCCUCCAGGGAUACCACCUCCUCCAGUGCCACCAACAUCUGCCGCUCCUGUACCACCUGCAGGAGCCACUCCAGGGUCAGGCCCUCCACCUGGACCACCACCAUUUCCACCUGGAGCAAUACCUCCUCCGGGAAUGCCUCAGAUGCCCAUUCCACCUCCUGCUCCUCCUGGUUUAGUUCCACCUCCUCCUGGUCCUCCAGGCGCUGCCGUUCAAGUACCUCCUCGUCCUCCUCCUCCACCAGGCAUGCCUCCCCCACCCCCUAUGGGCAUGCCUCCACGUGCACCAUUUGGUCCUCCUAUGGGUCCUCCAGGACCAUUACCACCUCCUGGCAUGAGGGGCCCACCACCACCUAUGCCACCACCUGGGUUUGCCGGAGGUCCCCCUCGACCUCCACCCUUUGGUUUUCAGAGGGCUCCUCCAAUGCCACCAAGACCAAACAGUCGACCACCUGCCCCCCCUCCUCCUCCACCUCCUCCUCCAAGAGUACCUAUGCGGGGUCCGCCUCCACCUCCACAGUAAAAUGUCUAAGCUACAUUCUUGGACUAUCCAUGUGUAGAAUUCUGAGAACAUUUACCUCUUAUUUUGUAAUUUUUACUUUUUAUUUGUGGAACUGUGACUCGGCAAUAUUGUGUAUUUGUAUUUUUAAAUACAAAAGCAGCAUUUCUUGUACAGAAAAAGGACUUAAUUGAAUAAAUUUUUACUUAAAUGUG